GGCGGGGCGCGCGCGCGCUCGGCCCGCGCCGCCCCCCCGCGGGCGUGUGCUGCCCCCCCGACGAGCAAGUCGGGCACGUCCCGUCAAGCAGUGGCGAGGGCGAUGUCCGCCGCAGCGCCGCCGCCUCCGCCGCCGGGGCCGCCGCCCUUCCAGGCGGAUCUCGACGCGGUGUACAGGCCAGACGAAGACCCGGCGUUGACGAGCUGCGUCGGCGCCAGGUCGUCGCCGCACUCCGAGGCGCUCGUGUUCGGCGACUUCGAGGAGCCGCAGCUCCGCACCGACGCGGGGCUGGCGCGCGGCUCGAAGCAGUCGUCGGCGGCGCUGCUGAUCGACCUGGACGACUCCUCCGGCGGCGCCCCCAGCGAGCCAGGCGCGGGCGCGGACGCCGCCCAGCCUGCAGGCCUCCUCGCGGACCUGCCCGCGGGGGUGUCGCUCAGCGCCGUGGAGGGCGGCGCCGCCUACAUCGACCUGUCGGCGCCACGGCUGCCCGCCAGCUCCGCCGCCCCCGCCGCGGGCGGUGCGGCGGCGGCCUCCAGGGCGCCGGCGGGGGCGGGGGCGGCAGGAGGGGCCGCCUCGCGCGACUCCGGGCUGCCCGUGCUGCCGGACGCCGCGGGCUUCGGCUCCGACGACCUCUUCGGCUCGAAGGAGCGCAACCUCGGGGAGGAGCUGCGGGGCGAGGCGGCGGCGGCCUGGUCGUCGGUCGUCAGGAAUUUGCCGCAGGAGGUGAAGACCCAGAUUCCAGACUGCAUGGCUCCUCCCCCGGAGGACCCCAGUCUCGAACUGAACUUCACGGCGGAAGCCAACGCCAGGCAAGGUCUUCCAGGGCACGGGCUGCCCGCGCAGGCCGGCGGCGCCCCCGUGACGGCCGACCAGCACCACGCCGCCAUGGCGGUGAACCGCGCUUGCGAGGGGCGGUGGGUGCCGACGUACAUGCGGCACCAGAUGGCGCAGAAUGGCCACCACGCGCUCCCAACGGCGGCGGCGCCCAACGCCCACGAGUUCGCGGCUGGCACUCCGAUGCCCUCCGUGCAGCAGACGCUGGACGAGAUGGGCAACGACGUGCAGGAGGCGGCUCAGACCAUGGUCGCAUUCGUCAUCGCGUUCCUGUCGAGCCUGGCGACGCAGUGCCAGAUGUGCUCGCACCAGACCGCCACCACGAUGCACGAUCAGGUCGUCUCCUUCGGGGAGGGCAUGUGCAACGGGGCCACCGUGGAGGAGGAGUUCACCGAGGAGCGCGUGGCCAUGGGCCCCUUGCUGCCCGAGAGCGCCGCUGGUUACGGGCCGAUGCGGUCGCGGGCGACGCGCCCCGCGUCACCUUCGCGAGGCUGGUCGGCAUCAUGAAGGCCAGGGUCGUGGGCGCGUCGAUGCCGCCGGAG